AUGAUCGGAUCAAUGAUGGGGCCGCACUGGAAUCCAAUGGCUACUGAGAUAACAAUAGUACUACAAGGGCGAGGAAUGGUUCAGGUGGUUUGUCCAAGCAGUGCAAAUGAAACUGAGUGCAAAAACAUGAGGUUUAGGGUGGAAGAAGGUGAUGUAUUUGCAGUGCCAAGGUAUCAUCCCAUGGCUCAAAUGACCUUCAACAACGAUACAUUGGUUUUCAUGGGAUUCAGUACAACAACAAAGAAAAACCAUCCACAAUUCCUUGCUGGAAAAAGCUCAGUCCUCCGAACUUUGGACAAAAAAAUCUUGGCAGCGUCCUUUAAUGUUACUAAUAUGACAAUUGAUCAUCUGUUGGCUUCACAGGCUGACUCAAUCAUUCUAGAGUGCAGAUCUUGUGCUGAGGAAGAAGAAAAAAUAAUGGAGGAAGAAAUGCAGAAGAAGAAGGAGGAAGCUAGGGAAAAAGAGGAAGAGGAGGCCAGAAAGAGGGAAGAAGAGAAGAGGCGAGAAGAGGAAGAAGCCAGAAAGAAGAAAGAGGAAGAGAAAAAGAAAGAAAAAGAAGAGGAGGAAGCCAAAGAAAAGGAAGAAGAGAAGAGGCGAGAGGAGGAGGAAGCCAAAAAGAAGGAAGAAGAGAAGAGGCGAGAGGAGGAAGAAGCCAGAAAGAGGGAAGAGGAGCAAGCCAGGGAAGAGGAAGAGAAAAAGAAAGAAAUAGAAGAGGAGGAAGCCAAAAAGAAGGAAGAAGAGAAGAGGCAAGAGGAGAAAGAAGCCAGAAAGAGGGAAGAGGAGGAAGCCAGGGAAGAGGAAGAGAAAAAGAAAGAAAUAGAAGAGGAAGCCAAAAAGAAGGAAGAAGAGAAGACGCGAGAGGAGGAGGAAGCAAGGGAAGAGGAAGAGAAAAGGAAAGAAAAAGAAGAGGAGGAAGCCAAAAAGAAGGAAGAAGAGAAGAGGCCAGAGGAGGAAGAAGCCAAAAAGAGGGAGGAUGGAGGAGAGAAAGAAGCCCGAAAAAGGGAGGAGGAAGCCAGGAGGAGGGAAGAGCAGAGCAGAGAGGAAGAAGAAAAGGAAGCUAGGAGAACGGAAGAAGGCGAGGAAGCUAGACAGAGAGAGGAAGAGGCAGCCAAGGAAAGAGAACCAAGGGAAGGAGAAGAGUCAGACGCUUGGGAAGAAGAGCAGGAGAGGGUGGUCAACCGCGAGGGAGGGGCAAGAAAAAUUUUGAAGAAAAUCUGGAAGAUUUGA